UUCUAUUUCACUAUUUAAUGCACCCACACACACACUCUCUCUCUCUCUCUUUGUUUUGGUUUGUAAAUUGCGAAUUGUUCCUCUCCUCUCGUCCAUUGCGCAAGAAUCAUGACUAGUUCCUCUGGUGCCGCUCGCAAGAAUCUGAGUAAGAUUGCCUGCAAUAGGCUCCAGAAAGAGCUGGUGGAGUGGCAGGUGAAUCCCCCAACUGGUUUCAAGCACAAAGUCACCGACAAUCUCCAGAGGUGGGUCGUUGAAGUCACUGGAGCUCCCGGCACACUCUACGCUAACGAGACCUACCAGCUUCAGGUCGACUUUCCCGAGAAUUACCCAAUGGAAGCUCCUCAGGUCAUAUUCUUGCAUCCCGCCCCCCUGCAUCCCCAUAUAUACAGUAACGGACAUAUUUGUUUAGAUAUAUUGUAUGAUUCAUGGUCCCCUGCGAUGACAGUUAGUUCUAUCUGCAUCAGUAUUCUCUCAAUGCUUUCAAGCUCAACUGUAAAGCAACGCCCUGAAGAUAAUGACCGCUAUGUAAAGAACUGCAGAAAUGGAAGAUCGCCUAGGAGACUAGGUGGUGGUUCCAUGAUGACAAAGUAUAAUAACUAGUUUCUCUAAUAAGUCCACAAAGGUAGAGUAGAGGAUUAUCCUUUUGAAAGCAAAAUGAAGAAAUGGGAAAAUGCUUUUUGAGAAACCAGGAUCCCUUUAAAUUAAAUGGAUAAUAACUCUGCUGUAAAUUGUCAUUGCCUGGUAUUUGUAAAGGAAGGGGAAACUAUGUGUCUCAACUCAGGCAACUUAUGGAGCAAACAAACUCAAAACAUUGAGGUUAAUCUCAGUCUCAGGUAUUUGGAUGUGGAUAUAGAUGGUCUGAUUAACCCCCGUAUUGAUAACUUGUGUUUAAUACUUUCAAGAAUUGCCCGUUAUAUACUUAUAUCUCAGAAUUGACUAUAUGCAUUGCAUUGCCAAUAUUCCGAGUUUCAGUAUUUAUAUAUAAAAGAAGUCCUGUCAUUUAUA